AUGGCCACACAGCCCACCUUCGAAGAUGUCCUAGGCUGCCAAGCCGCCCUCUACGAAUGGGCGGAGAGCUACGACAACAAAGACUGGGAUCGUCUUUCAAAAUGCAUCGCCCCAACCCUCCGUAUUGACUACCGCGCCUUCCUCAACAAACUCUGGGAAGACAUGCCCGCCGAUGCCUUCGUAGGCAUGGCCUCCGACCCAAAGGUGAUUGGCAACCCGCGCCUUAGGACGCAGCACCUUGUCGGCACCUCGAAAUGGGUGAAAACGAGCGAGACAGAAAUCACCGGCUACCAUCAGAUGCGUGUCGCGCACCAGAAGUAUGCGGAUGACAAAAUGACCGAGGUCGUGGCCAAGGCACACGCGCAUGGCAAGGGCACCAUGUGGUAUCGCAAGGUUGACGGUGUAUGGAAAUUCGCGGGUAUUGAGCCAGAUAUUCGGUGGUCGGAGCACGAUCACGAUAAGAUUUUUGAGGAGGGUGAGGAGAAGUUCGGAGAGGGGAAUUAG